AUGGGGUUGUCUGUAAUGUGUAAAACCAGAGAUGGUUUAACGUUAAUAGGAGGGGUUUUGAAUGUAGCAGUUAGCUUCGUUGUGUUCUGUUUCAUCGACCUUGUUGAUUUCGUUCUAGGUUUUGUUUACAAACUCCUUGAUUUCUUCAUUGAAUCUGAAUGGAGGAAGCCUGGUUCUUUCUCUGAGGAAGCCAUCAAUGGCGGUGGAGGCAAGAUCAUUGUCUCGGAGCAAGGGGAGGAAGAGUCCGAGGUUGUUUGUCUCAGUUCGAGCAAGUUGCAGUUUGAGGAAAUCUCCGACACCCUUUAUUCACGUCCUUCGUUCGUCGCCGAAGUCUCGAAGCUCGCCGUUAACAAGCUCAAGCUCGAUGCCGAGAUCCUACAACCAAACGACAAGAUCAAGAAAGGAACGGUGAGAUCGACGAUAGCCGUGAACUCCACCAUUGUUAAAAUGCUUCGGGGAAGGAUGAUCGGGCAGCAUUUGUAUCCCAUUACUCGAUGGUCCGAUUGUGACUGCCAUUUCUGCAAUGCUUGGACCUCUUCCACCAAAGACACACUUUUUGUUAAAGCCGAGAGCCCGAAAGAUAAAGCAAGGGAAGAUGUGUUAUUCAUCCACGGAUUCGUUUCAUCAUCUGCGUUUUGGACCGAAACUUUGUUCCCGAAUUUUUCGAGCAAAGCUAAAUCGACCUACCGGUUCUUAGCGGUCGAUUUACUCGGUUUUGCUCGAAGCCCGAAGCCUAACGAUUCGCUUUACACCUUACGAGAACACGUCGAAAUGAUCGAAAAAUCCGUACUCGAAGCUUACAAAGUCGAAUCUUUCCACAUCGUGGCACAUUCGUUAGGCUGCAUUUUAGCCCUCGCCAUCGCGGUUAAGCACCCGGGAUCCGUCAAGUCCCUCACCUUGCUUGCACCGCCGUAUUAUCAAGCGCCGAAAGGCGAAUCGACUGCUCAAUAUGUUAUGCGACGAAUAGCGCCACAACAAGUGUGGCCGCCGAUGGCGUUUUGGGCUUCUAUCGGAGGACGGUACGAGCACAUUGCCCGGACGGUUUCAUUGAUUUUAUGCAAGAAUCAUCGAUUAUGGGAUUUUCUCUUUAAACUGAUCACUAAAAACAGGAUGAAGGGCUACUUGCUCGAAGGGUUCAUCCGACACACCCAUAUCGCCUCCUGGCACACACUCCACAACGUUAUUUUCGGCACCGCCGGCAAGCUCGACCGAUACUUGGACGUGGUCCGUGACCGGCUAAGUUGCGAUGUUAACGUGUUCCACGGGAAGGACGACAAGGUUAUCCCGCUCGAAUGUAGCUAUAGUGUUCAGAAGAGAAUCCCUCGUGCUCGGGUUAAGGUUGUCGAAAACAAAGAUCAUAUUACGAUUGUCGUCGGUCGACAAAAGGCAUUUGCUAGGGAACUUGAGGAGAUAUGGAAGAAAUCAACAAGAGAUUAAAAAA